AAGAUGACUUUGGGCAUAUAAACGUAACAGAUUACCAUAGGUACCUCUGAUAAAUCCCAACCGGAUUACCCAAGUGGACCCUCAUUCCAUGGCUAUGUUCUCCAGCCAAAUGACUACCACUCCUUUCUCAGUGCGGGACAUUUUGAACCUGGAGCAGAAUCAGGAGGACAUGGUCUCCCUAGACAUGUCUCAGCGGCUGGACAGCGCCCUUAUUCCGACCUCAUCCUGCAUGCUGUCCACUUUCAAACAGGAACAGUUCAUGGAAAUGCCAUCCGGAGCCUCUCUCUUCAGCGAAGACCUUCAGGAGGACAAAGGCAACAAAAACAACUCUCUUAACUUCAGUGCGUCUGGCUUUUACGCAAAGAGCUUCCUAGAAAUGGACUAUGCUAAAGACGCAAAGACGGACGACACAUUUGAGGACAAAGAGAAAAAAGACAUCGGCUGUUCUCAGGAAGACCCGGGUGAAGAUCUGAAGCUGGAUGAUGCGGAGCGGCCCAAGCAGAGGAAGAGGAGGAAGCCUCGAGUUCUCUUCUCUCAGGCGCAGGUGUACGAGCUGGAGCGACGCUUCAAGCAGCAAAAAUACCUCUCUGCACCAGAGAGAGACCACCUAGCCAAUGUUCUCAAACUCACCUCCACACAGGUCAAGAUCUGGUUCCAGAACAGACGAUACAAGUGCAAGAGGCAGCGACAGGAUCAGACUCUGGAGAUGGUGGGCAUCGCGCCUCCGAGACGCAUCUCUGUGCCGGUUUUGGUUCGGGAUGGAAAACCGUGUCUGGGAGACACGUCCACUUACAACACCUCAUACAAUGUGGGGAUCAAUCAUUUCACCUACAACACCUACCCUGCCUUUAGUAAUUUCCCGAGUCCAGGCAACACGAACUACUCAUGCAAUUAUCCGUCGAGCAUGUCCAGCAUCCAGCCUUCACAGUCCAACAGCAACUACAUGAACUUUGGUGUUGGGGAUCUAAAUAACGUCCAGGCUUCAUUUCAGUCUAGCAGUGGGGUUCCUUCACUACAUGGCAUCAGAGCUUGGUGAACAAAGCUACAUUUACCGACAGCAUUCAUCUUUCUGUGGACAUUUACUUUCUAAUUAUAUAUUUGAUGAUGAAUAUUAAUGAUUAUUGAUAAAUGGUUUGGCUGGGAUGUUUUUACUCUAUCCGAUGUACAAGAGACGUUCAUUUUAAUGUCUCUGCGUACGCAUCGUUUCUUUCAAAAUAUAAAAACAAAACUUUCUGAAUAAUUUGCUUGCACUUAAGUUAAAUUAUGAGAUUAACAGCACGUGGAAAAUGUAGGUAGAUUAUUUAUAUUUUCACCAGAUGUAUGAUGAGGCCUGUGUUUAAAUCUCGUGCGAAGUUACCAAGUUCUUUCUUUCUUUUUCUUUCUUUCUUUCUUUCUCAUUUUUUUUUGCAAAGUUUGAUGAAUAAAGACCAGUGUUAUUGAUUGUAACCACAGUGCAUCAAUGAUUUUUUACCUAUUUUUUCCUUUGUGCGGAAAGUCAGCUACAGCACGAACACGGAUCCGACUUUACCUUUUGUUAAAAAUAGGCUUUGC